CAGAGUGUAACGGAAUCUUCAGAAAUGAACACAGCAGCAACUAUUAUAGCUACUUCCAGUUCACCUGAGCCAGCAUCAAGCACCGAGACACCGACUAAAGCAAGAGCUACGACCCCGACUAAAGCAAUAGCAACGACCCUGACUGUGACAACAACACCGGCCACUACCAUAUCAACGUUACCACCCAUCGUUUACAGACCCCCGACCUUGUACUCUGUAGUGUGCACCGUGGACUGCAACAUCAGGAUGGUGGUGCCGCCGGAUGGUGUUUGCGACUUUAUAUUUUUCGACUCUCUAUAUGUGACUUGCGGUGGCGGAGUCGGCGACGCGCAAACGACGCCCAAGUUACAGCGUUUCUUCGACCUGGCCGCUCAAGGCAACGACACGCAGUUUGGAUGCUCCAUCGACGCAUUACAGCUUGGCGAGUUUGUCACUGACAUCGGGAAAUCAGAUUCCCUGAAAUGGGCUCAGGAGAAACUGUGGGCAAACAACGUGUACCACUGGGGCGUCAUGAAUAUCUAUCACGUUCUAUUUUUUCAAGACCCGGAUAUCGUGAAGAAAGCGCUCGAGGCCUUGAAGGCAGCGGCCCAGUUCUCCCAGCCUUCCUCAGUAAAAAGGGUGGCGUCGUAUACAUUUCUCGGAAUAUAUGCCUUAUGGGGUCAUAAAGCCUGUGAAAAUAUCGGCCUCCACACGAAGUCUGUCUUCUCACCGGACAUGAUUGUCGUGCUUGGACAUCUUUCGUACCAAGAGAACAAGUUCAAAAGAUUCGCCUACCAAUGCUAUGUAUUUGCGCCCAAUCUGCUUAAUUUGGACGUGAGUCUGUUGUAUGUCAGUACCCAGCUCGCCCACUACUACCAUACACUCGGAGAUGCGGCGGUCCUUGCAAAUUGUCUUCGUCAGGAUCAAGACAUCCAAAGUCCCCUUGCAAUUUCUUUUACACUAAAAGCCCGGAUGUAUCAGCCUGAAGUAAAACGGUCCAUCGACGAAACGAUGUACAAGAAAUGCGUUCCCGGAAAUUUUUCGCAGGACGUGGAUCCCAUUGAGUUCUGCGAUAUCGUCAAGAAAGGCUACGUCAGUGGGCCGUUCUUCGUGAAUGUUGACAAAACGAUUAUUUCUUUCGUAACAACACCGGAAAGGACCACAGUCGUCUACUUCGACAGUACAGACACGCUUCGUAUAAAGAUCUGUCAAUUGAAAUACCAAGCACUGCAACUCACCGUAAGCCUAGCUCCUUACGACGUGAAUUACGACUUUGAUUCAUUCUAUUGCAACAGCAUCAGCAACUUUUCAAGGACUGUACACAUCGCGACGACUGUUUUAGACUUUAUUAAGAACCGUUUCUCUGACGGAGCAAAAAAACUUGCUUGCAAUGCUCUUGGAAGACCUAUUUUUGGCCGAUAAAUUCGACCUUACUUUGA